CAAGUAUUAAUGAUAACUCGUCAAGUCCUUAUACUUGGGCAUUGGAAUUCCAGAUUUAGAGCCUUCAUCCACAUACACAGCGCCGGACAACCGCUCUUUUCUACCAUGACCGCCGCUUUCCCAAUCCAGCCUGUAGCACGGUUUGCGGGCAAGAGUGAGCUGGUCAAACGGCCAAAGGAAUUUGCAUGCUUCUCAUACGAUGCCGAUCACAAGUUCUUACUUGGAGCUCAGUCAUUGAAGUGGUAUUACACACCAGACCUCAACGUCGACCUGUCCAAGGGCUUCGAGAGCUUCAUCAAACAUGACGAUAGUGUAGACGAACAUCUGGACAGCCUACUCACCACCAUAGCCGACUAUGAGCAAAAGACGUCGAAACCGAUCGAUGCUCACAUCGUAACUUGGAGAGGCAUGAUGACAAAGAUCAUGGCAGCCCCCUUUGAUGAUGACGACGGGUUUGAGAUGAAUGCUACCCUUUACAGAGGUUGCAUAUUUAUCGAAGAGAACCAUGCAUACAAACAAGCAUCGAGAGCAAACGAGCGGCCAUGGAACGGGCCAAUCCCGCAAGAAGUGAUGCAGUACUGGGGCUACAAGUUUGAGACUCUGAGCACACUUCCGAAACCAUGGGGCCAGACCUCUCGCGAUUUCAUUGAAAGCCGUCCCGAUCAUGUCGUGAACAACAAGGAGCAAUACUGCUCAGUAGUCCGUACAGGCAUUGGCAAGACCAUUCUCUGUAUCGGUGGUGAGGUUGAUGCUAUAUGGGACGACAAACCAAGGACUCAAGGCGAUCCAAUCAACUGGGUGGAGCUCAAGACGUCGGCAGUAAUCCAAAAUGAGCGCCAGGCCAAUAACUUUGAGCGUAAGCUCAUGAAGUUUUGGAUCCAGUCCUUUCUCCUAGGCGUCCCCAAGAUCAUUGUCGGAUUCCGGACGCAGGAUGGGCUGCUGGUUGAGACCAAAGAGUUCCGCACGAUGGAGAUACCGCUCAUGGUGAAGAAGAAUGGGCGGCCAAAAUGGGAUGGGGAUACGUGCGUCAACUUUGCUAACGGCUUCCUCGAGUGGCUUCGCCAUACCAUCACCGACGAGGGCGUGUGGAGGAUCAAGAGAAGGCCUCGGUCGGCAGAAAUCGAAGUGUUCAAAGUCGAGGAGGUGGGCCACGGAGACAUCAUCACAGAUGAGUUCAUGAACUGGCGGAUCAAGCUCGAGCUUCGUCAGGCACAGCCGCCUACUGAAGACAAUGAGACCGAAGAGUAAGCUGAAUUGGACGAAGCAGUACACGUCUUCUUAUGUGCAUCAGUGUCCAAUAGAAAGAAGUACAUUGGCGUUGGGCAACCC